CUCAUUAGAGGCUAAUCUUCCGCAGGGGCAAAUUCGUCAUCUCUUGAUCCGCAUAGAGGAAGCUGGGUAAUGAAGAUGGCAUGGAUGCCCCAUAAUCUGUCAGCUUCGACUUUAAGAUUAGCCGUGGUUCGAUCUUAGAUUCUGAUUUUGGUGAAACUGUACAGAAGCCGAACCUAGACGUGUUUUGUUUCGUUUUAGAAUUUUUAGAUCGGGUUAUUGUUUUCUUGGUUGCAUUGAUUACCGUUGCCACAUGAAUUGAUUUCACUUGGCUUCGAAGCUAACAAAAGGAGAGGAUGAGGAGAAAGGCUACCUUUACCUUGUGGUUGAUUGCUGUGGAAUUGGUUAAAACUUUACUUUCAUGCAAAGCUACUAAUACAAUACACACAAUAUAGGAUCUGAAGCAUCAGAUUCAGAUAUAGGAUGGAUCUUCCUUUUGCAGAAGUCAUGGUCGACGGCAUCUCCUCGGAAUCCUCCUCCCCAGCCAUUUCAGCUUCGGAGAGCUGCUUAGUUUAAUUGUCACUCUCCCCUUUCAGGUCACAAACCUCUCCGCUACCAACCAAACCAAAACACAGAAAGAAUAUAAAGGAGGAGGAGGAGGAGGAGGAGGAGCUGGAAAAAUGGCUUCACUCAUUCCCGGAGUCCUUCUAAAGCUGCUGCAGAGCAUAAACUCGAACAUGAGAGUGCGAGGAGAGUAUCGCUCGGUCCUCCUGCAAGUCAUCAGCAUUGUCCCGGCUCUUAGCGGGCCUGACGACCUGUGGCCGAACCAAGGAUUCUUCAUCAAGGUCUCCGACUCGUCCCACUCAACUUACGUCUCCCUCUCAAGGGAAGACAACGAACUCAUCUUGGGCAACAAGUUACAGCUUGGUCAGUUCUUCUACGUUGACAGAGCGGAGCCGGGCAGCCCUGUGCCAGUCCUUGUUGGUGUCAGGCCCAUCCCGGGAAGGCACCCCUUCAUCGGGACCCCCAAGGACCUUAUGCAGAUCCUGUCGCCCUCUGAGGGCCCUGCAGAGAACUAUAGCAGUAAGCUGAGGGAUCAGUGUGGGGAGGUUAAGGAUAAGGAUGCGUCCGACGGGUCGAGGCAUCAGAACAGCAAGGUUGUUAUCAAGAAGGAGAAGGUGGUGGUUGCUUCUAGGUAUAUGCAGGGACUUGUUGGGCCCACUAAUAGUAACAAGAUCAGUGAUCAGGGUGACAGGAAUGACAGAGAGGUUAACUAUGAGAAUGAGAAUGACAAUGGUGGAGGCGGAGUCGGAGGUGGACGAGGAGUUGUUCAUAAGAAGUCUGGGUCCUCCACAAAAGGGAGGCAACAGGAACUUAAAAAUCAGACAUGCUCGUCCACUCUGACCCAGAGCCGUCCCGAUGCAGCGGCACCAAAGCCAGAGACUGCCAUACCCAAUGGCACUCGGGAGGUCCUGGUGCCUCUCAAGAAAAUGGGCUCAAAGCGUGCCAUGAACAAGCAAGAGAACAUGAACUCUAAUUCUUCUUCGGGGAAUAGAGAUAUCGUCCACUCUGCUGAGGGAGUGUCCUGGACCUCUCUUCCACCGAGCCUUCUGAAACCCGGGAAGGCUAUGCUGAAGAGGAGGAACUUAGCUUCUUUGGUUGCAGCAGACGCCCAGAAGGAGGCCUCAAUGGCCGGGACUCUGAUCAAGUGCCUCGGGAUGUUUGCAGAUUUGUGCUCGACUACUUUGACACAGAGCCCUCAAUCGAGCCUCAACAAUUUCUUUAUGCUCUACCACCUCCUCAACCAAUUAAAUGUCUUGGGGACGCCGGUAUCAACAAGGUCGUCAGUGUCAUCUAAUGGAUGUCUUGGAAAUGGCACUGCUGAAGACACCGAGAAGCCGAGCAAAUCUAGUAAUGCAACAAAUGCUGGGAAAUUUGCAUCAAAGUCACUCAAGCCUGGGCCGACAGGACCUAGCUCGAUGGAGAAGCUCGAUUGGGCAAGAGGGGAUGGAACUAAGGACUUGAAAGACAUGAGAGACAGUCUCCUUAGUGAGGCUGAGCGUUGGUUCCUAAAUUUUCUCGAGGAAGCAUUAGAUGUCGGUUUCCGGGCGAACGCUCCUGACAAGAGGAACGGGAGGCGAGCGGGACCGAGCAACCACAUUGCUGUCACACUGUCUCAGCUGAAGAAUGCAAGUGAAUGGUUGGACAGAUUCAGAACCAAACUGGACCCCGAUAACUCAGUACGGAUAGAGGUUGUGGAUCGGUUAAAGGGCAAGGUGUACAAGUGCUUGCUCUUACAUGUGGAGUCGGCCACUUCAGCUCUUGAGAAUCAUUCCGCUCGAAGUUGAUUAACUGGUCCCGAUUGGUGUUUUCUGAAUAAUUUAUGAUCAUAUUUUAGCUCAGUGGUCAUGUAUGUAACUUAUAUGAAUGUUGAUUGCACAAACAUGUUCAGAAACUGUAUCUGAUGCUUAGAUAGUUCGGCUCUGCCCUCGAGCUUAUGUCGGAACUCGAAGCCUACAUCCUAAAUAGAUGCUCUUCGAAUUCGGUAUA